GUAUUCAAUAGAUUGAAGGUUAUGGUAACAACUACUAUUGGAUUCAACCAUAUUUACAGAUUCUAAGCAAGAACCCAAAAACUUAGUCAACAAAAAUUUCACAUAUCUCGCCCACACAAGACGCAUUCUGAAGAAUACCCAUGAAAAUCGAGUCGAUUUUGAAGGUGUACCGAAAAAACCCUAAACGCGUAUUCAGUGAACCCUAAACACUCAAGAAUGAAGCAAAAAGGGGGAUUCAAGGAAAAACCCCACAGAUAGAAAGAAAAGGACAGAGAGAAUCGUCCUCACCGGUAUUAAUAAGCGAGAAAGGUCGGCCGAAAUACAAAUAACUCAAGGAAGGGCGAUACUUCCUCGUCGAAGCUCUCCUAGUUAUCGACUGGGCUGCUCGUCGCCGACAAGAUGGAUUCUUCCGUGCUUUUCUUGUUCUGGUGUUCCUCGCUUUUCUUUGUUUUUGGGAGGGGUGGUCUGUGUUGCUCUGGUUCAACGAGAGCAAAACAGAGAAAGAAAAACGGAGAAAGAAGAAGAAUAGAGAAAGAAGGAGCAGAGAGAAGGAAGAAGAGUAGGAGGAGGAGACGGUUGGAGGAGACAUGAGGCAGUUUUUUUUUUUUCAAUUUCAAAACCCCAAAGCUGCGACCCCACCACCUUUCCCUCCCUUCUGAUUUGGCUCGGCUCAACCGGCUUCGAUUUUCCCCUCCUCUCUUACGACCAACCAAUCAAUCCUGCCCAUCCGUCGAUGGCUUGGGCGACGUGGCCCUCUCCUGACCAUUUGAGUUGGUGCACACAAAAUGUUGUGUGUGUACAUAGCGAAAUUGUCUUGAAUGAGUUGUAAAAAUCAUUUGUAAUGAAAACCACCGUUUGGUAAAAAAGUGAAAACCCCCCGCUGAAGUUUGAGUUUUUGGUUGAAUUUGAGUUUUUCGUUGCUUUGGAUCUGGCUAAUGAAUGUUACAUAUGGGCUACGGCCCACUUUUAGGGUUUCGUUCAAAUGAGCAAAUCCGGGAAAGAGUAUUUUUGCGCGGUGCAAAAGUACUCUCUCGGGUUUCUGAUUCCUCCAUCGCCGCUAAUUAGUAAUUACCCUUCCGUGCCGCUUCACUCCGCCGUUCCAUCUCCGGCCGUGGCAAGCAGAGGUGAAACGAAGAAGAGGAGCCGGACAAGAACGAAGUUUCAUCGGUUCAACUACCACUUCGCCGAAAGUUUCUGAUUCUAAUAAAACCUAUUAUAUGGGCUGGGAAGCAGUUGUAACAGCUUCAGCUGUAUCAGUUGAGAAAAAGAAAUCGAAGAAGAAACGAGCAGCGUCUCAUUUGGAUGAUGGUGCGACUUCAGAUCAUAAUGAAGCUGUGGAUGGAGUCCUUGUUGAAGAUGAUGAUUCACUUGAGCCAACAAUGGGUGAGAAACUUGAGAGUUUAGAGUUAAAAGAGGGUGCAACCAAGGGUGGGGAGGACCAAGAAUUGGUACCUGGUGAAAAACCUCCAAGUGCUGAUUCUGUCAACAUUCUGCUUAAGCAAGCACUUCACGCUGAUGACCGCUCACUUCUCCUAGAUUGCUUAUAUACACAAGAUGAGAAGGUUAUUGCAAAAUCAAUCUCCACUUUGAGUAUGGCGGAUGUCCUCAAGCUGUUACACUCUCUUGUAACUAUAAUCGAAGCCAGGGGCGCAGUUGUUGCUUGCGCUAUUCCAUGGUUGAGAAGCUUACUUCUUCAGCAUGCAAGUGGAAUAAUGUCUCAGGAGUCCUCGUUUCGGUCUCUCAACUCUUUGAACCAGGUGAUUGAUUCACGAGUGUCAACCUUCCAGUCGGCUCUUCAGUUGUCAAGUCACAUAGACUCAUUAUAUGCAGGGAUUGUCGAUGAUAGCCUUGAAGAAGAUGAACCAAUAGUUCCGAUAAUUUACGAGGAUGACGAUGAAAGUGAUGGCGAACAAGAAGAUGAUGCUAUGGAGACUGAUGAUGAAGAUAUCGUUCUAAAUGAACCCUUUGACGGGCUGAUUGAAAGUGAAGGCAGCGAGGGCAUGGAUGUUUGAUCUAAGAUACCCUGGCGUUUGAUAAAGCGACAUCAGCAAUGUCAUAUAUGUGUUGUUUAUGCAGGGGGCACCCUAGGUUUCACGUUGAAGGCACGCUAGCAAUCUCUUGGUCUUUUGGCAGUGUCAGAUUUUGUCAGUUAGAGAGACGAGAGUUUUGGAGAGAAAAUCCGCUUUAGCGGGUUUUAUUUUGUAAUGCAUAUAUGACUGGAUAAGGAAAUAUAGGUUAUGUCUUCGGUGCACUCACUUUUUUGGGUGCAUUCAAUGCACCCGCCUCAUAAUCGUCAUUCUGAGCAAGCGAUUCAUGUGAAAACAAUGUCAAUCAUCCCUUGUGGUAUGAUGAACAAGAAUCACAUGAAUUUGUACAAAAAUCAUUCCAAGAUUCACUUUAAUUUGAAUGAUUGAGGGUUUAGGAAUUUAGGGUUAUGGUUAGGGUUUACAAUUUGGGAUUUUGGGUUGAGAUUCAAAAUUGAAGGUUAAUAGGUUAGGGUUAUUGGUUGAUUAGUUGUGCUUCUGUGUUAUAUCAUCAUAUGAGACUAAUGCUACCAUUAAAUUUCAAAAUUUAAUGUAUUAUGACCACUUUUAGAGGUGGGUGCACUGAAUGCACCCAAAAAAGUGAGUGCGCCGAAGUAGCCACCAGGAAAUAUAUUAAGUUAAAAAAAUCCUCAAAAUACA